UCUAAACACAACAAAAAAUGAAAAUCCCAACUCCACUUGUUCUCAUCCUUCUCCUCUGUCUCCAAUCUGCUUCAGCAAUCUCCGGCGCCGCCGUUCGCUGCAGCCCACAGGACAAGAAAGUUCUUCUUCAGAUCAAGAAAGACCUUGGAAAUCCAUACCACUUAUCUUCAUGGAAUACCGAAAUCCAAAAAGAUUGUUCUGACUGGUAUUCUCUAGACUGUGAUCUCAAAACCAACCGUGUAAUCGCCCUCACCAUUUUCCAAAGCAAUCUCUCCGGCCAAAUCCCUCCCUCCGUUGGUGACCUUUCCUACCUUCAGCAAAUCGUCUUCCACAAACUACCAAAUCUCGUCGGUACCAUUCCCCAAACCAUUACCAAACUCACCCACCUUAGACGGCUCGACGUCAGCUGGACCAAUAUCUCCGGUCCAAUCCCCGAUUUCAUUAGCCAGCUUAACAAUCUCAAUACCCUCGAUUUAUCUUUUAAUUAUCUAACCGGUAACAUCCCUUCUUCCUUAUCGGAACUGGCAAAUCUAAACUAUCUCAACCUCCACGGGAACAAACUCACAGGCUCCAUCCCUGAUUCCUUCGGGAAAUUCAAAAGAAAUCCUAACUUAUAUCUAAUUUUUGCCUUAACUUCGCUAGACAUUAAUCACAACAAUAUCUACGGGAGCCUCCCCCAAGGGCUAACGUUCUUGAACCUUCAAUUUCUAAAUGUAAGCUACAAUCGUCUCUGCGGUCAGAUUCCGGUAGGAGGACAGUUGCAGAGCUUUGAAACGACGGUUUAUUUCCAUAACCGUUGCUUGUGUGGGGCUCCAUUGCCGGCAUGCAAGUAGCUCGAUUGGAUUUGGAUUAAUAAAAGAAGAAAAGAGAUUGAAUCUUGUUGUUGGUCUGUUCAUUAUUAAUAUUAAGACUGUAAUAGAAAAGAAACGUAAAGUUUCCAUCUCAUGGGAAACCAUUUUAAAGAUCGUUUGUUUAAUUAAUCUAAGAGCAGCAGAUUUGCUUU